AGAUGUCACAAUUUGUUUAUUUAUUAUCCUAGUUGUCAAAAUAAUGGGUUACCUAGUUUAUUAUAUUUUUCCGACGAUUUUGAUUUUAGCGUUAAUACGAAAGUAUCGUGAAUCAAAAUGGGGUAAAUGUAUAAAUAACAUUCAAUUAGAUGGAAAAACGGUCAUUGUUACCGGUGCAAAUUCCGGCAUUGGUUUUGAAAUCGCCAAGGAAUGUGCCUCUAGAAAAGCACAAGUCAUUCUAGCAUGCAGAACUUUGAAAAAAGCCAAAGAUAGUUGUUUAUCAAUUCAACAGAAAAUUAAUAACGUUAUUGUCGUGCCAAUGGAAUUAGAUUUAUCUUCAUUAGAAUCAAUUAAGAACUUUACAAAUGAAGUAAAGAAAAACUUUAACGAAAUUCACAUUCUCAUAAACAAUGCUGGAGUACAUCAUCCUAACACAACAAGAGUAGAAACUAAUGACCAUUUUGAAAUUCAUUUUGGAGUGAAUUACUUAGGCCAUUUCUAUUUAACCAAUCUUCUACUGGAACAACUAUCUCUCCCCUCUGGAAAAAGUAGAGUUGUAGUCAUAGCUUCUUCUUUACACGAAAGAGGUGAAAUUAUUCUGGAUGAUUUGAACAGUGAAAAAAAUACUAGAAGAGCAAAUCUUUAUGCCAAUUCUAAAUUGGCAAAUAUUUAUUUUGCUCAAGAAUUAGCCAAUAGGGUUAAAGAGAAAAAUAUUAAUGUUUAUGCUUGUUGUCCAGGAUGGGUUUUCACUGGAUUAUUUAGACACACAAUUCGGUGGUAUCACUUUUUUAUAGUUGCUCCUGUUGCUUUUUUCUUUAUGAGGAGUCCCCAGCAGGGUGCCCAAACUCCAAUUUUUUGUGCUACGGAACCUGAGUUGGAGUCUGAGACAGGUCUUUUAUAUAGAGAUUGCAAACAUUAUAACAGUAAAAUGAUUUUUUAUGAGAAUAUCUCAAAAAAACUUUGGUCUGAAACUGAAAGCAUGAUUAACAAGGCUAUUGGUCAAACAGAAUAGAUAAAGACAUAAAAUAUCUGUUUAGCGGAUGAUAUUGCUAUCAUAUAGUUGUUAAAGUUAUUAGUUAUUUAUUAUUAAAGUAUUAGUUAGAUUGUU